CUCAUUUCAAAAAGUUCCAUUUAAAUUAAACAUCUCAAUUGUGUAACAUGUUGAUGAUUAGUCCUUUAAUCUUAUCGGUUACAAUUUAUAUGUGAAAAGAGCUUUUCCUGAAAUAGUCCAGAGGUCUCCGAGGGCCCAUGAACGCAGCACAGUCGUUUCGUCAGUCCACGCGCAGACUCAGUUUGAGAAAGAUCGUCUCUUAUGAAGCGUUUCCCUCUUCAGGAAAACCCGCGCCGACAGCGACCACACCGAGCGGGUUAAAACACGUUCCUGCUCACCGGUUAUUGUUGUUUAAAGAUCGAUGAGCUUCAUCGAUAUCGUUCCCAUGUAUUGAUCCGUUAUUACAUUACAUUACAUUGUAUUGAUCCGUUAUCACGUCGGUCUGUUCAAAAACCGGUUCGAUUCUCUGUUUCCGUACAGAGUGAUACGUCUGUCCGUUUAACGCUCUAAACACACGUCUCCGCUCUCAUGUCGGACCGCGUCUCUCCGCUCCUCGCGGACCCAGACUCUGCUGCUCCCUGACGGCCCGCUUUCGGUGCGGCUCCCCGCUAAUCCCACCCCACCCGGUUGGUUCGACAGGGAUGCUCCGGUUCUGGUUCCAGGCGGCGGUCGUCCUGUGGCUCGUGCCCGGGUGUGUGGGAGCUGCGGCCCGGCUGUACACGGAUGAGGACCCGCUGGUGAUCCUGGGCAGCGGCAGCCUGAUGCUCGCCGUGGGGAACUCGUCCUCGGCCUGGCUGGUCCAGUUCUACUCGUCCUGGUGCGGACACUGCAUCCAGUACUCCAGCACGUGGAGGGCUCUGGCGCAGGACGUCAAAGACUGGCAGCAGGUGGUGAGCAUCGGGGUUGUGGACUGCGCUCAGGAAGAAAACUUUGACGUCUGUAAAGACUUCAGCAUCAAGUUCUACCCGACAUUCAAGUACUUUCAUGCUCACAGUCCGCAGACAGACAGAGGGACGCUCUACAGAGGUGCCAACAGAGAGAUCCAGUCAGUGAGACAGUUGAUGGUGAACAUCCUGCAGAACCACACCAAGGUAGACUGGCCAGACCACUGUCCUCCACUGAAAGCAUACAGUUCUGUGGAGCUUCUCCCUCUGCUGGGUCAAAGGUCAGACCACUACACCGCCAUCAUCGUAGAGGAACCGGACUCCUACGUAGGACGAGAGGUGAUCCUGGACCUGCUGCAGUACUACGGAGUGGAGGUGAAGAGGGCUCUGAGCUCUGAGCUCCCUCUGCUGGAUGCUCUGAAGAUCACAACCUUCCCCUCCGUUUACCUGCUGCACCCGAAUGCAACACACACACACCUGCACGUUCAGAAGCGGUUGCGUUUCUUCUUCUCCUCCUUGUUGAGGACGUUACCAGGAGUUCAUCGCAGGUUGAGGUCUACCAGCAGCACCAGUGGCGUCCCGGUGGUGACGGACAAGCAGGGCAGCGAACCCUGGAGAGACUUCGACAGGUCGAAGGUGUACGCGGCUGAUCUGGAGUCAGCCCUCCACUACCUGCUGAGAGUCGAGCUGGCUACCCACAAUACCCUAGAGGGGGAGGAGCUAAAGAUCUUUAAGGACUUUGUUACGUUGGUCGCAAAGUUGUAUCCAGGUGGAGGCUCCGUGGUGAAGCUGAUGGAGACGCUCUCCGAUUGGCUGCUCAGUCUGCCUCUUCCACGAAUCCCCUACCAGGCCGUCCUGGACCUGGUGGACAACAAGAUGAGGAUCUCUGGUGUGUUCCUCGGGGCGGAGCUUCGCUGGGUCGGUUGCCAGGGCAGCAGGGCGGGGCUUAGAGGUUACCCAUGUUCCCUCUGGACUCUGUUCCACGUGCUGACUGUCCAGCAUGAGGCCAUGCCCACCGCCCUGGAGAACACAGGCCUGGAGGGCGAGGCGGCCCCGGUGCUGCAGGUGAUGCGUCGCUACGUCAGGACGUUCUUCGGCUGCGAGGUGUGCGGUCGACACUUUGAACAGGCGGCUGCUGUCGGUGUGAAGAAAGUCCAGAACCGAGAGGAGCAGAUCCUCUGGUUGUGGAACCAACACAACCUGGUGAACUACAGGCUGGCCGGGUCUCUGAGUGAUGACCCCCUCUUCCCAAAAGCUCCGUGGCCGAGCCCCAACCUCUGCGCCUCCUGCCACGAGGAGAAGAAUGGCGUCCACGUCUGGAACCACAACAACGUCCUCCUCUUCUUCAGAAAACACUACGGCGCCUCCAACAUUUCCCCCAAAUACUCCCUGACCCCCCCACGACUCCCUGCACCUCCUCCUAAUCCAGAUCCUGAUCAGACCAGCCAGCCACAGGAGGAGCACCGAGGAGGAGAGAGGAAGGAGCAGCUGGAGCCCCGACCCGGACACCAGGCAUUCAGAGGGGAGGGAGGAGGAGGAGGAGGAGGAGCAGCAGGAGGAGCAGCAGGAGGAGGAGGAGCAGGAGGAGGAGGAGGAGCAGCAGCAGGAGGAGGAGGAGCAGCAGCAGGAGGAGGAGGAGCAGAAGGAGGAGGUGGAGCAGGAGGAGCAGCAGCAGGAGGAGGAGGAGGAACAGGAGGAGGAGGAGCAGCAGGAGGAAGAGCAGGAGGAGCAGGAACAGGAGGAGCAGCAGCAGCAGCAGCAGGAACAGGAGGAGCAGCAGGAGGAAGAGCAGGAGGAGGAGCAGCAGCAGGAACAGGAAGAGCAGGAGGAGCAGGAACAGGAGGAGCAGUAGGAGGAACAGGAGGAGGAGCAGGAGGAAGAGCAGGAAGAGCAGGAACAGGAGGAGCAGGAGGAGCAGCAGGAACAGGAGCAGCAGGAGGAGGAGUUUGGAUUCUGGGUCUGGGUUUCAACAGCGUGGACAUGAGUCUGUGUGUGGUGCUGUACGUCUGCUCCUGCCUCUUCCUCAUGCUCCUCUUCUUCUUCUUUAAAGUCCGAUCCAGGAGGUGGAAACUCCGGCACUCCCGCCUCCACGUCUGACUGGGACCGGGUCUGACCUGGACCAGGUCUAGAGCAGCUCUCUUCUGGUCCUGCUCUGGUCUCCCACAUUUAACAGCUUUAAAGGACCCUGACGUGCUGUACUUUGGAUUUUAGAAACCUGGUCUGGAUUUGUUGUAUUCAUCGAAUCAUUUGAACUCCUGGACCAGACCAUGUGACCUUGUGACCAGCUGAGACAGGUCACAUGGUGACCUUGUGACCAUGUGACCAGCUGACGAGGUCACCUUGUUGAGGAACAUGAUGGCAGCUCACUGGGACUGAACUGGACCAGACUGGUUUUGCUGAGUUCACUUAGUGCCAAAUGUUGAACCUGCUGUCGACAGAUGACUCACCUGUCCUCUCAGGCCCCUCCUCCUGUGUGUGUGUGUGUGUCUGUGAUUGGUUGAUUGAUUUGGUUCUUACGUUAUUAAAAAACAAGACAAAACAAUUAAUUUCACACUUAGAAAAUUGAUUAAUUAGUUUUUUCUUCAUUCUUAAAAAGUGUCGUAAGCGUUUUUUAAAACACAAAUCUAAUGAUGUCAUGGUUCAAAGGUCAUCGAGUCUCAUCUUUACAAUUUCAUGAAUCUUGUAUUUCAUGAAAGAGCUUCUUUCUGAAAAUCAAAAGAGAAUUUAAAAAUGAAAAUUGUAUCUGAUAAAAUGUUUUUUUAAACGUAAAGUGAAAUGAAAUAAAAACCUAAAAUGUGAAA